AUGGAUUCGAUUGUGUCGAUCACGAAGAGCAAUCGACAUCACACAAAAGUGAAGCAACGACCGAGCAGUAUGGACGCCUCACACGUCCUUAUUUCGUGUCUCAGGUACGGUUUGGUCGGUCAAAAUUGCCGUAUUUUUGGCGACCCGUAUCUCGAGUAACAAUCAUUGUAUCAACAAAAUGUCAACAGAAAAGUUGUUGCAAAUUUUGUGCUCAACAACUUUGUAGUUGAUCGUUUUGCUCUACAAUCAAUCAUUCUCAAGUUAUACGCCGAUUUCCGAACAGUGUCGAUCAUUUUCAGAGCAAUUCUGGCACGUGGCAUCUUCAUCGUCCACUCCAUCGCCACAAUUCGUCAAACUGUGUUGAUAAGCGAGAGGUAUGUCUCUAUUGGUUUUCGAACUUUUUUCGCCUUCUUCUUCUCCCCAAAUUUGCAACUUUUCAGGGAGAGCGUCUGGGGAUUUGCGCUUCUCUCGUUGCUCAUCGUGUUUGAGGGCGGCUACGCGAUUAUUAUGCGCGCCGGCGAUGAACGCAAAUGGUUAGUUGAUGACAAAAAAGCAGACUUGCAACGGGCCGGGCCGGGCCAAAAUUGGAAAUUUUCCGGCCCGGCCCGGGAGGAUGCACCUAAAAAUUCAAGUUGACCGCCGUUUUCUUCAAGCACUUUGUCUUCGUCCAUUUUUACCCACCAAACUUUGAAAACGGCCUACGUUAUCGUCGUUUUGCUUCAAUUUCGAAGAUUCAUUGUAAAAACCAGCAGAAAUAGAAAAAAAGACGAAAAAGGCAAUGUUAUAGCAUAAAAACCUGUUAAAAAAUAGAAAUUGCUGUUUAAAUUCGCAAAAUUUUCACAAAAAUUACGAAAAUUUUCUCAAGAGUGGGCGGAGCGAUUGAUUGCAACUCUGGCACGCCAUUUUAGCAAUUUUGCCGCACGCGGGUUCCUCUUCCUUCAUACUUUUUUUGCAUAUUUUUUUGAGGUCUAACUUCCGGGCCGACCGGGCCGGGCCGGCCCGGGAUUUGGCAAGUCUGCAAAAAAGGAGGGGAAUCUGGGUUGGAUUACUGUACCACCUUUGCAGGUUCUGCACAAGCGUCCUUCUCUAUAUCGUGGCGACGGCGCCGCCAAUUUGGCUUCUCGAAACGCGCAUCUGUGCCUGGCGGAAUUCGUUGGACAAGAACGUGCCUGGCUUCGAGGCCGUACAGAAUCCGAUUAGUGGGUGGUGGUGGCCUAGAAGUGAAAGUUAGGCCAGCCUACUCGUUGCAGGCGUUAGUGACAACAGCGAAUUGCGUCUUCAACUUUUGGAGCAACUAUUGCUCGUCAACUUGAUCGUCGGCAGAUGGCUUUUGCCGAAAGGCGACAUUUCGCGAGAACAACUUUCUCAGAUUCUACUCGCUUAUUUGGUUGGCCUGGGGGGUCGUGGCCUAACUUUUAACCUAGAGUUUUAUAGGCCAUCUCCUCGGAUAUCGUCGAAUUUUUCGAUGUUUUCAAAGAGAAAGUGGUGUACUCGAACAGCCGCGUUCAGACGAUUGUGCUCACCGCGUGGACGGUAGGCUUCAAUCGAUAAUCUGUACAUUUUAAUUGUGUCUAGCUGAGUCUCCUCCAAUUUCCGUUCGUUUUGACGGUAAGUCGAGCGCGGAAAAUGCGCGUCGCGAUCACCAACGACUAUGAGCAACUUUUCGCGCAACAGCGCCCGCGAAGCUGCUUCAAAGUGAGAAUUCGAGAGUUUUCCGGCCUCAAACUGCCCAAUUUAGGCGUUUUACGACGUGGACAUCUGGGCGAUUUUUCUCGCCAACGUUCUGCAAGACGUUCCUUUCCUGCUCACCCGCUUGUAUUUGAUGACUGUUCAUAAUUUGGUCACCUACACAAUGAUCUUCUUUUUCUUCAAGAAUAUGCUCAUCAUUUUGCUUCAAACUUAUCGGUAAGUCACGGCGACCAAAAGUGUAGAAAGGGGGGGGGCGUGGCCUAAUCUGAGACGCGUUUUCUGAAAAUUGCCGCAAUUCCAGCACUUUUCCGAUAUUUUUGUGUGUUUAAUAUCGACGACAGAAGAGACAUUAAAGCGAGAAAACAUUGAAAUUUUCGUGAAAACGCCGCGUUUGAGACGUUUUUGGCAUGUUUCGCAAUUCGGAAUUUUCAUACCGGCCGAUGUGGAUAGUUUUGAGACGAAGUGAGUGUCGGAAGUGAUUAAGCACGUUAAUACAAGUAUUUUAAGCGUUCAAACGGCAAAAAGUAUCGGCGAAUGACUGAAAUUCGCGCAUUUUCAGCACAAAACUUGAAAAUCGAUUCAAUUUGUUCAUUUCUGAAUGAAACCUGCUCGUUUUAAGCUCAAAAAGUGCGCGAUGAUUAGUUUAACAAAAGUUAUGGCAAUUACAUCGUCGAAAUCGUACAUAAUUUGGGUAAUUUUGACGAAAAACAUGAAAAAUGGGGUUAAAUUUCGAAUUUCGCGCCAAAAUGGUGAUAAACCGUGCACACUAGGCCACGCCCCUUUCUACGUUUUUGGUCGCCGUGGCGAGUGAAGAAGAGGGUUUGGGCCGGCCUGAAAAGCAUCAAAUCACUUCAAAUUUUGAGAUUGCGAAUGUUUUGACACUAAAAGUGAAAAGCCCGAAAAAAGGCUCACAUUUUCAGCUCGAUCAUCAUCAUCAACGAUCGGUACAUCAAUCCGAAACCGCCCGACAUGGACAUCAUCGAGCACAACAUGGAUCUGAUGAAUUCGCGGCCCGACAUUGACGAUUCUCCGUACCACCACCACCACCACCACCACAAGUCGCACAACAAUCACAAUGAGAAGAGCUUCAAAAAAAAGGAGAAAAAGCGGGAGAAGAAAGGAAAAGGAGGCGGGGAACGGCACAAAACGACGAGGAGCGGGAGCAACGCGGAGGCGAAAAAGUCGCGGCGGAGCAGUUCGACGACGCCCACGCGUACUCCGAAACAGCGGCGAACGUCGCGGAUUCGGAGCAUUUCCGAGGAACGUGAGCAGCUUUUUCCACGUCAUCAUGGCGGCGGCGGCGGCGGCGGCGGCGCAAGGAGAAUGGAUCGAUUGGACACUCUGGAAGAGACUUGA